AUGGCAUACGAACAGCGCGGCGAGCGCGACUUUGGGGGUCAAGGGGGAGGCGGUGGAGGCUUUGAGGGAGGGUUUGGAAGAGGGAGAGGCAGGCGUGCUGUCACAGAUUAUGGUUCAACCAUGGUUCACUGGAUGCGAAAUCGCCAACCGAGAUAUAAAGGGGGCUACCAAGGAGAACUGGAGAGACCUAGUCCGAGUUAUAUCGUAGACAUGCUACCACCUUUAGCAAGAUUACAAAACCCCGCAGACUCAAUACCAGCUCGGCAUCUUCACUCCUCACUAAAUAAGAUCAAGCACCCAGUCAACGUGGUACGAUGGACGCCAGAAGGCCGGAGACUACUCACUGCCUCAAGCAGUGGCGAGUUCACUCUGUGGAAUGGAACUGGUUUCAACUUCGAGACUAUCAUGCAAGCGCAUGAUGUUGCUAUCCGAGCCUUGUCUUACUCUCACAGUGAUGACUGGCUGUUGUCAGCUGAUCACGAUGGACUAAUCAAGUACUGGCAACCGAACUUCAAUAACGUCAAGGUCAUCCAGGGGCAUAAUGAUCCUAUAAGAGAUCUUGCGUUUAGCCCAAACGACGCUAAAUUUGUCACAGCCUCUGAUGAUUCGUCUCUCAAAAUUUUUGAUUUCGCAGAGGGAGUGGAAGAGGCCACCCUCAGUGGUCACGGAUGGGAUGCUAAAAGUGUCGACUGGCAUCCUACUAAAGGCUUGCUUGUAUCUGGUUCGAAAGACCAUCUCGUUAAACUAUGGGAUCCUCGCACGGGUCGAUGCUUAACAACACUCCACGGACACAAGAAUACCAUUACAAAAACUCUCUUUGAAAGAGUCAGAGGCGAAUGUCUAGCAACCUCAGCACGAGACCAAACAGCUCGUGUAUUCGACCUCCGAAUGAUGCGCGACAUCUGUCUCCUCAAAGGCCACGAGAAAGAAAUCUCCACCCUAGCCUGGCAUCCCAUCCACUCCUCACUCCUCAGUACCGGCGGCGGCGAUGGCUCUAUGCUACACUACCUCCUCGAUGAACCCAACACACCGCAAGGCACAGCGCCAUCCCUCUCACCCUAUGAUAGUCCCGACCCCACCACCGCCCCCGCCCAAACCGUCUACCCAGCCCACAAAGUGCAAUACGCCCAUGACUUCCCAAUAUGGUCCCUAGACUGGCACCCCCUAGGCCACAUCCUUGCAUCCGGUUCCAACGAUCGUGUAACCCGCUUCUGGACGCGUGCGCGCCCCGGCGACACAGAAAUCUUCAACGACAGAUACCACAUAGGCGAGUCAGCCGCAGAAGCCCAAGGAACAUGGGACCGUCGUGGAAACCGUAAACAGCGACAAGAAGAAGAAGAACAGGAAAUGGAGGACGAAAUGGAGGGACUUGUUGACCAAAAAAUGCCCGCGAAGAUGCCUUCUUUCCCCGGUAUUCCCGGGCUUCCUCUCCCGCAGUUUGGAAAGGAUGGUGGAGUGCCGAAAGUGCAAAUUCCGGGUAUGGGAGGAGCUGUUCCCCCACCUCCUUUACCGUUUGGUAUUGGUGCACCGCCGCCGCUACCAGGCAUGGAUCCAAGCAACCCGCCCGAUCUCGCAAAAUUAGCAGAAAUGAUGAAGAAAGCCGGACUACCUCCUCCACCUCCCGGGGGGAAAUUUCCUCCACCUCCUCCGCCGGGUAUGUUGCCUCCUGGACUCUUGCCACCGCCUGGGAACUUUCAAUUGCCGCCUGGAUUCCCGCCUCCACCGCCUGGUAUGGGAGGACCGCCGCCCUUUGGCAUCCCGGGAAUGGGUGCGCAAGGAGGCAGUGAGUUUGGUGGGAGUGGUGAUGCUGGGGGCAAUGUCAGGAGGAGAGGGCCGUUGCCGAGUCAGGAGGAGAGUUUGCAGAUGGAGCAGAGGAAGGGGAAGUAUACGCGUGCUAGAUAG